AUGUCGGUGUCUCCGUAUUCCGUCCAGCACGAUCCCGAAGUCCAAGAAUACAACAAACGCUUCUCGACUUGGAAGGCUUCCGAGAAGAGUAGGAAGCAAGAAGAGAAACUUUUUCGAGAGCAGGCCAAGAGGGACCGGAGAGCGGCCUUGAAGCAGAUAGCUAAGGCGGAAAGAGCAGAGGUUGGAAAGGCCUUUGGGUGGGUGUGUCAGAAAGACCGAUCAAAGACUGAGGUCGUUUCAGCCAAGAAGCUCGAUGGUGACAGUGACUCGGAUGAGCUCUCUGUGCGAGAGGCGCUAGCGGUGUGA